AUGGCAGCACAACCAGGUCCUAAAGAAGCUGGUGGAGAUCCUAGAAUCCUGCAGGAAGGACGCGAGAAGCAGCCUUUCCCCAGCGGGCCAACAACUUGUCUGAUUUGUUAUCAUUGGAUUCUGCCUGGGUUAGAAGGCAUCUGCUAUAACGAGAAGUCGGACACACUUGAGUUGUCAUCUCUGGAGUACCGAGGUGGAAACAACAGUAUGAGGAUUUACGAGAGGCCUAACUUUGCAGGACAGAUGAUGGAAUUCAUGGACGACUGUCCCUCUGUCUACGAUUGUUUCUGUUACCGCGACAUCCACUCUUGUCAGAUCAUCUUCUACGAGGACAGGAACUUCCAGGGUCGGCACUAUGAGUGCAGCUCCGACUGUGCCGACCUCUCCCCUUACUUCAGCCGCUGUAACUCCAUCCGUGUCGAGAGUGACUGGUGGGUGUUGUACGAGAGACCCAACUACAUGGGAUACCAGUAUGUCCUGAGCAGGGGAGAGUAUCCUGACUACCAGCGCUGGAUGGGAUUCAAUGACACAAUCAGGUCCUGUCGCAGCUACCCAUAUUACCGAGGUGGAAACUACAGGAUUAGGAUUUACGAGAGGCCUGACUUUGCAGGGCAAAUGAUGGAAUUCAUGGAUGACUGUCCCUCUGUCUACGAUUGUUUCCGUUACCGUGACAUCCACUCCUGUCAGGUGAUGGAUGGUUAUUGGAUCUUCUAUGAACAUCCCAACUACAGAGGCCGACAGUACUUCCUGAGACCCGGGGAAUACAGGAGAUACAGUGACUGGGGUGGCUACAACUCAAUGAUCGGGUCCUUCAGGCGCAUGAGGGACUUCUAA